AUGUCAAUUCCAGGCCUCGGUCAGAUAGCCCCACAGGCUCCCACAACCACCCAGCGAACUAUCAACCUCCGACCGUUCGGCGAAUGGCGCUUCUCCAUCCCCCACCAGCACAGCACCUUCUCAUCGAACUCCUCCGCCGCCGGAGUCACUGUCCGCCUCGCUGCCGGCACUGCUGAGCGCGAUGGCACCGAGCUCGCGCCCAACUGCGUCUACACAUUCCUCCCCGGCACCAAAUCAAAGCUCUUCACCGAUCAAGGAUGCACUCUCGAGAUCAACAACACGGGCGGCUACCCCCUCGAGGACCGCGUGGUUGAACACCCGCCGGAACAGUCGCCCAUGCUUAGCUAUCUCAACCUUCACUUUGGCCUACAAGACCACGAGCGUGCCGCGGCCGCUCAGGCACAACAACAACAUCCUACAUACCACCAGCAGCAGCAACAAGGGAGAGGAGCAGGACCAGGAGUAGCGAGGCCGAAGCCCGGGCCAAGAGUGCUGAUCUGUGGUCCACCCGGCGUCGGCAAGACCUCGCUGGCGAAGCUCCUCGCUGCUCUCGCCACGCGCAUGGGCUCUCAGCCGAUGGUAGCCAACCUGAACCCGACCGACGGGCUGCUGUGUCUACCCGGAACGCUGGGUGCGGCCGUGUUCGGCACGUUGAUGGACGUGGAGGAUCCGGCGGGUGGGUUUGGCGUGACGAACACGCCGAUCAGCGGUCCCAGCGCGGUGCCGGUCAAGAACCCGCUCACAUUUUACUUUGGACACGAGAAGAUGGAGGACGACCUGGACAUGUGGAGGCAGAUGACGGAGCGGCUGGCGGUGUUGGUCAGGCGCAAGUUUGAGAGGAAUCGGGAUGUGAGGGUGGCGGGGUUGUUGAUUGAUACGGCGCCGGUGGAGGCGGGGGACAAAGAGGGGCAGAAGCUGUUGGGGUGGGCGGUUAGGCAGUUUGAUGCAAACUUCGUUGUGGUGCUCGGCUCUGAACAGCUAAAGACAGAACUUGGGCAGCGGUUUGCAAGCGAGAAGACGAGCUUUGAAGAGCCGAUUACUGUCCUCGGGUUAGACAAGUCGGAUGGUGCUGUACAGAUUGACAAGGCGUGGAGGCAGAAGUCUACAGAGACGGCGAUUAAGGAAUACUUCUUUGGUGGCAUCAAGGCGCGCUUGAGCCCCUUUACACAGUCUGCCAGUUUCGAUGAGCUAGUCGUUUUCAAGGCGCCUGACGAACCCUAUGAAGGCGCCCCAGUCCUCGAGCGAGUCGAAAUCACCCCUGAAAUGGCCCACUGGACGCUAGCAGUCAUGAUCGCUUCCGUGACCGACUCGCCGCAGGCCAUCCGAUUUUCCUCGGUCCUGGGCUUCAUCGUCAUCGCCGACGUGGACCAGGAGCGCAGGCGGGUCAAGUUCCUGUCGCCGGUUAGCGGUCGGCUGGGCAACCACCCGCUGAUAUGGGGACGCUGGCCGGAACCGUAUCUCAACCUCCUGGCGUAG